CUACUAAACGCCAUGAUCAAAAUUAAUUAACAUUGAAAAUUAACUUCCUGCCUACAAAAAGAGAGAAGUCACCCUCAACAUUCUCAAAAACUCAAAAUACAUCGACACACACAUAUAUCUAUAUAAUCCACUUCUAAUUAAUCAGCUUAUCCACACACGAAGUCUUACUUUUAGAAAACAACUCGUGAGCGAGGGUGGCUCUUCCGCGUAUCGUUCCUCCACAUCUGAGAGCCACCAUAAACGCGAUGAGGUGCGCAAACUCGGUAUGGGAUAGCUCGCCAGCCAUACACUCGGCGGACAGACUUGUUUUCAAACAGUCAUCCGGAUUGCGUGGGUGCCUCGUGGUCGUUCGACGAAGAACCGCAGGAGAAACCGUUUUGUGUCAACGGACCACGGGGAAGCGAUGACAUCGAGGAAGAUGGAUGGAAAUGAGAAACCGGACGGUUCAUAUCGUUAUUGACCGAUAUCGUUAUCCCGUUGGUGUAUCUGGUGUAUUGGAAAGUGAGCAAAGAGUUAGAUUUUUUAGCCCGCGGCAUUGCUUCGUCGAUUCGUGCCGAUAGAUAUCGAUAGAUAGAUAGAUUAUCGAGGGAUCGCGCGAUAUCGCGAGGGAACAAUAGAGUGAAUUUCGAUGGAUUUCAGUGUGUCAGGGUUGGAAAGGUGAUGAUUGAAAAUUUCUAUCGGUGAUUCGCUGCUGCUUGCAGAAAGCGAACAUAAACAACGAUCAUCGCUUCCACGAAACGAAAUCUCUGUACGAACUCUGGAACGGGUCGAUGACAAACAAAGAGUGGCCCUCUGUCGGGAGAACGAUUCGUGACGAGCGAGGCGAGAAAUCGUGGUGCUUGGAAGCGGAUCCAAACUUGAUGAGAAAGGAGACUUAGGUUAAUCCGUUUCAGAAAUUAUCCGUUGGAAAGAGGGAAGUCGUUGGGUGUCCGACUUUGUUGGCUCGCGAUGGGUCGAAAGCAUAAACGCCGCCUUAUACCGGAACAGGAUCGCAGGAUAUGCGGGAGUAUCUGCUUCUGCCAGUUCACCAUUGUGAUCAGUUGCGUCGCGUUGGUUUAUCUAAGCGUGGCGAUCUAUAUGCCGUCCCACAGAGCUUUUCACGCGGGGAUCGAUCCCGAUCCAGUCAUGUGCCAAACCGUUAACACCACCUUAACUAAUAAUUGCGGUUGGGCGAGUUGCGGGGAGUGGUGCUUGACAAGAACCACGGGAUUCUGCCCUCAGAUUCACGCGACCGUAAGAAGGAAUGGAACGGACAUCGUUUUCGAAAAUUGCACGAAAUUCAACAGCAUAUCCUGCCCUCAGGUGAACACGGCUUCCCUUAAAAAAUACAAUUGCAACAACGGCAGCGAGUGCAGCGUGCUUUCCGGCUUGUUUAACUGCAGCCUCGGCCACUGCGUGAAUAUAAGCGAGCUGAUGUUGUGCCAUUACAAGGCAGACGGAAUUGUCGUGGACAGCGAGAAGGACAACAUGAAACUGAACGGCUACUUCAGCUGUCACAACUCGAGAUGCACGAAAAUCAAGAGUCCGUUCAGCUGCGAUCGUUAUUGUCCUGAUAUCGUCACGUCGGACGUGAACGUGUUCCUUAUGCAAGAUGACAACAUCGUCACAGUGAAAUGCGAACGUGGUCUGGCAUUGAACAAAGCGAAUGGAAAUCUGCCUGGCGUCAGGCUAACCACGCCUCACCAAUUUUGGGAGGAUCGAAACGGGAGCAUUAUUGUUAGCUGUUUGGCGGUGGAUAAGAAGAUGAACGAUGUAAGGACACAGGACUGCGUGAACGGCACCUUGUUAAAGGAGAUCCCAUUACCUCAACCAACCAUCAACUUCACGAGUUUUCUGAACAUAUACGAGAAGAGCUUGCAAUAUCCAGUGGAUCCUACGAAUAUCUAUGUACCUGCGCAACGAUCCCUCACGAUCUACAACAGUUCUCGCCUCUACAUCAAUUUCGAGGGUUGCGUCAAUACCCUAAAAGGGGAAUGUAAAGAUUUCCUCGCCACUCACGGUCGAGAUGGCGACAAUCAGACGGCGCAGAGUAGAUAUCCCUGUUACUACAACAAGAACAACUCUCUGUUAGUCGUCGCACGUUUCGACCUGAACAAAACGCGGACGGAAUUGCUGAUCGCCAUCAUCGUGCCGUCCGGCCUGUUCGUCAUCAGUCUUACCACCCUGAUCGUGAUAACGCGAUCGGUUCAGGUGGGCGACGACGCGAAGAUGCGUUGCCGCUACUGCGUGGACAAGCAAGAAGUCGAGGGUGAGGACGAAGGGCUCGUCGAGGCCACGCCGUCCUCGUCUCAAGGCCAGAUGAACGAGAACGAGAUCAAAAGCAUGGCGCUUUAGCAGUUUAAGGCGUCUGGGGCGAGCACCGUGCUACGUUACGAGAGGGUGCCAUUGAUAGACACGGACGAAGCCGAGGAUUCCUUUUGAGCGCCCUUUCAUCGAGGAUUAAAAUUACAAUUAGUGUGCUAUGAUCGAAUCGAAAACGAUAAUUGACGGGAUUUAUUCGUGUUCCCCUUCGUGGAGACACGAUUUUGAAUUCACUUUGUCGAAUUCAUCAAGAUGGACAUUCGUUUACAGGGAUGGAGGGAUUGAUUACAGUGAGUAAUAAGAAUAUGCGGGCAUUAAGACACGAUUAACGUGGUGAAACGUGGAAAAAUAAUAUGGAAAAGAAUAAUUUUUUUUCUUUUUUUUGGUUGUUUGAAAUCUAUUCGUCGGGACAAUUUUUGAAGAUAUGACAUACGAAGAAAGUAAAUUUGAAUUCUACAUUUUUUACUUAUUUUUAUACGUAGAAUAAAUUUGAAACUCGUACAAGAGAAAAUGUACACAAGUUAACGAGCAAAACACCUUAACGAUUCGAAAUUUUUUCCUGGAUGUUCACUGUGUAUUGUUAAAAGCUGAUUAUUCUUUGUUGUUGUUGUUGUUGUUGUUUGUGGAACAAUAAAAAGUGUAUUCUUCUAUGUGAAA